UUAAAACGAGGCCGCUACUGUAACUUGUUGAGUUUGCAUCGAAGUUGCCCAGCCCAAGCCAAGCAUUUUAACUAAGACAGGAAUGCAAGUCCAUUCUCGAAAGAUGGAGUUUGCUUUGUUGAAUUAAGCUGACCAGGAUGAAUCUAGAAGUCGAUACGAACGGGGAUUCUUAUUCGGUUUUAUGGCGAAUGCGGUUAGGUUUAUCGGGUGGUCUGGUCAGAGGUGGAGCAAAGCCUAACGAAGAAAACACUAAAAAUCUUCCAUGAUUUAUAGUUCGUGCAUCUUGCUUUCUAAAUUAAGGCGUUUUAUUUCAGAAUACAUCGUUCUGGUAAUUGAAACUGAGAUAUUUAGAAAAUCGUCCUUAAAGAUGAGGAUGUUACUUAAAUGUUGUUCAAGCUUGGUGCAUGACUCACCUACAGAGCGCGGAAGAGAGCCACAUAACACAUUCAUCUUUCUUGAACCCCUUGGCUUUGCGUUUUCCCACAUGCUGCUGACACGCUGAGACUGCAACGCUGUAUACACAUGCACACAGAAAAAAAUUAGCGGUUAGGACUGAUGCGUAAAGACUCCAUGGUGCUUCUUCACAGUGCUGACAACUCUACCAUGGUAAACAAUGCUAACCUGACAAGAUGAUUAGAUGGUGAUAAGUACUGCAGACAAGGGCUGGAUUCUGAAACGCAGGCGACAGAUUUGCAAAUAAUGGGAAGUGUAAACAGUCGGCGUUGCAAACGGGACAAAAAGGGAAACAAAGUCACAAGCCAGCAGCAUUCAAAAGCCCAUAACUCCUUACUGGCACCAGACUCAACAACUCAUAACCUUGACCUUCAUCAGUACCCACAGCUGCUUCGGGCAAUGUCCAGCUCUCAUAUUCACAGGCUGGCAAUGCAAAAGGAGAGGGGUGAGUCAACUGAUGACUUGGGUGUAACUUUGCCAGAUCAUAUGCUGGCAGGGCUUGACCCUAAGUACAGCACCAUGUCCCUCAACCGAACUUUCUAUGGCCACAUCACAACGCUGAGAGGGGCACCACCUUCUUUGUCAGAGUCGUUUCUUCACCACAGCCAGGAGAGGGAGUUGUCUGGUGUCACCAGAGAUAGUGUCAGCACCAGCAGUUUUAUUAAGAGCACUGCUGCAGGCAGCAUGAGGCAGCCCCAUCUAAAUCUAGACAAUCACCCAGCAGUCACUCGGCUUCAGAAUGAGCAAAACACUCGCUUGGAAGACAUGGAGCAACGUAUGAAGAAAAUUCGCCAGAGUGCUUUGCAAGAAGCUGAAAGACGAAAGUUUGCACACUUGUUCAAAGCGAAAACAGAAGAGCCCUCACAUACAGAGAAAUUGUUGAGAGAAGCUAGUGAAGCCCUACAGAUGUUUAAAAACAAAAAACAGUUACAAAAGUUGAAAGGGAAAAAGUGUGUGUCAGAAUCAGUUGAUGACAGUUCGAGCCAAAGUCAUGACUGUUCGCAGUUUUCUGAUGAGGGUGACACACUGUUUUCUAGUGGCUUUAAGCGUGGAGACAGUUUUGAAGACUGGGAAGAAAGUGACAAAGGAGAUAUAAUUCCUGUAUGCAUUGUGCCCAGCCGGUCAGAAGGAUGUCAAGAGAAAGUUCAUAGAAAGAAAGUGAAAACAGAAGAGGAAGAGGCACCUUCGUGGCUUCUUCAACCAUUAGAAGCAUUUAAUCUGAGUGGUCCUGUGACAUGGUUACUGCUACCCUUCCUUCUGCCAGUUCUUCUCCUACUGUAUCUUAUUCGCCAUUUCAGCCGACAAGGAGAACAGCACUUCCGUAAGAAGAACUAGAUGUAUCCACAUUGCCAUGAUACACCGUGGAAAUAAUAUAUGUUUUUGUGUGCAUGGUGCAUAUGUGAUCACAUGUAGGCAUAUGUGCAGAAAUAUACAAUUGCAUAUAUGCAUAUGUGCAUAGAAACACCUUUCUCACGCCUAUACUUGAGUACUAGUACUAGAAUGUAUACCACUUUGUGCACUAAAGGAGAGGAAUGACGCAUUGUUUACAAGAUUUUUGCAGUAGUAGUUGAGUGUGGUUCAGGUCUCAAACUGAGAAAAGUACGAAGUAAAUCUAGUAUUAUUUUGCUACCAUUUCUCUGUGAUGAACGUAAUCCAUUUCUGCUCAUUUUUCUCAGUAAGAACAUGACCAGGAGACAGGUGUUUAUUCAAAAACACUACCAUAAGAAGCUCAUUCUAAAUUUUUUUUUAAAAUCCAUGUAUCUGAUAUGUAGCUGAUGUUUUGGCAGUAUUAAAUUUAAAGUGUGCAAAUUGUGCAAAUCUGUUGAGACGUAACAUUGUAUGAUAUUCAUUUUUUUUCCCUAAACUUCUGUGUAAUGUUCAGUAGCUUGCAUGCUUACAAUUCUUGUACAAAAACAUUCACGGUCCGUAAUUUUCCCAUGUGUUCUGACUGACACACCGCUUGAACUUACAGAUCACCAGGCCACAAGCAGUCGCAAAAGUGGCCAUUUAAUGAACACCUACCCAUCUGUGUUAGUGUGGAAUGACUUGUUGAAGGAUAUUGUGUGCUUUCAAGCUCUGAGGCUGUGAAAUUGAGAGGGAUCUGCCAGAGCAGAUCAGUCAAUCAGCUGUGAUUAACCACAUUAGAUUGAGGUUGUUUUUUUGGUUUUUUUUUUUGGUGUGGAGUGUAAUUAAACUCAGUUCAUAGAUAUGAACGCUUUUGGGUGCAGGGAUAGUAUACUUGAAUGAAAGAAUGUUUUAAUGCGUACUGGCUCAUCCUUGUUCCCUCAGUUUUAUUGUGUCUUGUUAAUCAUUGGCUUACCUACCUGGAAGACAAAGCUUAAACAGAAUAUGAACCAAAGCCAAGACAGCAUCUAGAGUAAGUUCUUGAAAUAUAGGUUUAACCUUUAGGUGCUCUCCUUUACCUGGGGAAAAGUGUGAUCUGGAAGUUUAUUUAAACAUAUAUCUAGGGAUAAUGGAGCUAGCAACCAUCUGCCUGAAAUGAGUAAAGGUCUGACUAUAUGUUCAUAGUAGUCAUGUAGUUACUUGGCUUAAAAUAGCAUAAGGUUUCAUGUGUAGUCGCUGUCUUAACUAAUAAUUAUCACACAGACAGAAACUCAAAUGUGAAAGUGUAGCCGUUGUUUUAAUUAAAUUACUGUUGAUUUUAUAAAUACUGUAGUAAGCUGGGUGAAGGUUGCUAACCAUAUGGCAUUUUCCCAGUUUGCUCUCUUCCUUGUGAGAAGUGCCUAGAUAUUGAAGAUCUGUUGAUGGUAGAUUUGCUUUUUUGCUGGAAGGGUUAAUAAUUAACAGCUGAAACAUUUAGAAAAUUACUUCAUGAUUUUGUAGUGCCUCUUAUGCCAAGGUCAGACACAUAAUUAGUAUGGUGGUAAUUCAUAAAUUUCAUGUAAUGUAAAUAAUGCAGUAAAUUCCCCAGAGUUUGUUCUGAGCUUCUUCACCCAGGUUUUACUACUAGUGUGAGGCACAAAUUGUCAGGGAAGUAAGCUUGGUAACUAAAGGUUAGAGCCAUUCCUCAGCUGAGCAGAGGGAUAGAAAAUGUCAGUGGUUUCUGAUACUGCAGUCCUCCUCCUCUCUUCUCACCCCUUUGAAUUAAAGUUAAAAAGAUUUGCUCAUUUUCAGCUUGCAGCUGUUUGGUUGUGUUAUGUGCCUCCUUUUUUCUAGCCUGUAAUUUUUUAAAAAUCUGUUGCAAUAUAUUAUGACCUGUGUGUGUGUGUUUAUAAGAGAGAGAGCAAAGAGUUAAGCUGUGUUGAAGUCAAUUCUCUUUUUAACUAGGGCUCAACCCAGUAUGCAUGUAGCUAGUAGCUUAGGAAGCUGUCCACAGAGAGAAAAGGGAGAGUAUCCAGUUUCUUCAUUCUCUCUAAACACUGUGAUCAGACAAAUUACAGCAGAUGAUUCAAGAGAUAUCAGAACGUUUAUUUGACCCCUGGAGAGUAAAAUUUAAUUCAGUGCAAUUCACAUUAUUUUGCCAAUCAUGAACAUCACCAUAUGAAUGAAUAUUACAUCAUGUCAUCAAGAUGCAUAAUGAAUGCAGUGAGGGAUAUUUUUAUUAACUUUGCUGUUCCAAGUAAAAUUGUUUUAAAAAUGCUUAUACAUCGAAUCAUCUGGUCAUAUGAAAACACCAUUGUCCCUUUUUUGUGGGUCAAAGAGCUAAAUAACAUUGUAUUGAUACUCUAAUAGAAAAUGCUUCAUUUAAAAAUAUGCAUGAAGUUAGUGAAAGGAAACAAGUAAUGUCCAGUUCUGACCUAUAGAAAUUAUACCAUUACUACCAGUCAGAGGAUCAAAUUGCCUUCAUAAAUUCUGUACACAUUUGGAAACUAAUAUGUGGAGUAAUUUUCAAUAGCUCUUUCUCAUCUAAAGACUCUCUGGAUCUGUUUCUUGAAUGUCAGGCCAGACAUGAUAGUUGUGUCCAUUGAAAAGAGUAAAUAGACUUUGAAGGUGUUAGUAAAUGUGUGAUUGAUUUUCUUUCAUUUUUGGAGGACUAUUUUAUUGAGAAAUGUAGAAGAUUAUGCUGUAUCUAUUGGUUCAUGGAUGAUUGAAAUGCUUGUGGACUGAUCUAAGAAAUUCUUGUAUUGCUGUGCAAUAGAAUCUACAAUUAUUGAAUCAGUAUUCAUGGUAUGGCACCUGAUUUCUUUCUUAAUUCGUUGGUGCUUGAAUAUUUUCCAAGUUAUAAACAUUGUUUAUUUCUAAUGGUGGGUAUGGUGCUUGGGUGACUGUAUUGAAUAUCUUUAAGCUGAACAUCAUUAGUUUAUGUAUGACAGUGUGGGCAGGACUUAUUUUUAUGAAUAUAUGCUACACAAACUUUGAAAUAUAUAGAUCUUUUAUAUCUGAAGACUUUUGGGGAGUAGGGGCGAAAAACCUUGAAAAGACCCUGCUUUAUAUUAUAAAACUACAGAGAAUUUCACAUUGUGAUACUGUGCAAAUAUACUUGGAGCUUUAGCUGUCAGCCUGGAUUUCUGUGGCAUUUGUAAUGUGCCGGUGUACCUAGUUUUGAGCUGCACAGUCAUUCUUUUAAUCAUUGUUUUUGUAUAGGUGGUAUCAGCAAAGUCUUCGCUGCAUUUAUUCUUGUGACUGCUUCCUUUUUCUCUGCACAGCAGAUGGCAAGGGAGGGGUUGCUUGAGGGUUUGUUUCCCCUUUUCCAUACACAAAGGCAUGGAACCUGUUUAACCUGUUAAAAAUAUGUGGCCUUUUCUGUAUGAAGAGGAGAUACAAAGCUGAUGCCCAUUUGUUUAAAAUUUGGAUUUCUUCUUUGCCCAUAUAUUAUAUACAAGAGCAUAUUAUCAUGUAUAUCUAUACCUGUACAUGCACCCACGUAUGCUAUCACUCAUCCUUUCAUCCUCAGUAGUCCUUUUCUGUUGUUUCUCUUAUGCUUUCUAACUUUGAUGUUCUCUGGUUUGCUAUAUGUUCUGGUAUGUGCAAUAGUAAAUGGGAAAGCUAGUAAAGUGCACCUUGUACGAUAAUUUUCACUUUCUCCUAAAUCAGCUUUUCUUACAGCAUGACCAAUUGCUGGCAGCAACAGUCAGCCAGCUAGUCGGGGCAUCUCAUCCAAAAUUUACACAUGAAAAAGACUAAAAGAAAAUCGCUUAUCUGCCCACAGUGUUUAUGCUGCCCUUCAGCAGGUAGAAAUCAAGCAAAAACUGUUAACAAAGGAUAAUAAAGUGGUGCAACAAUUAAAGCUUGUCAAGAUAGCAAGUUGUAGGUUUUAUUCAAGCCUUCAACGAAAUCUGGAUCUGGCAUUGAUGGACAUACCUUGCUGUGAUAUAGUUCUGGUUACCUAAUUAUAAAGACCUAGGAACCAAGUCAUUUUACGUCAUCAGGUAAAUGCUUUAAUAUUUGGAGUCUUAUUUUCAGUGCUGGUUGUGUGAUUUCAUGAUUGAAUAAGUUCUGCCUCAUUUCCUUCUGGUUCUAAUCUUUCCUAACAAAUUUUUUUUUAAAUAGUGGUGUAUGCUUACACUACCCAUGUCUUCUUAACCACUAGCUCACUGGCUUGGUGUAGACAGUCCUGUGGAUAUUAUAGGCUCAACAUCUUUACAAUUUAUUACAGUAAGGUAAUUGGCUUGUAUCCUGGUUACUCAGAUGAUUACUUCUUGUUCCUAUUUGAUGAACCACGUGAUGGGUAUGAUUAUUUACAUGUUUUUAAAGAUUUUAAAAAAGCAAAACUUAAUCAGUUUUCUCCAAAGCAAAAAAAAAAAAAA